CUUAGAUAAUUAAAGAAACAAAUCGUAGCGUCCUCUGCUGUCUAUUAUAAACACUGCAGCAUUGUGGCAACACUGUGCAUCCUCUUUCAUGUCUCCGGAUUGAGAGCUUUCUUCGGGAUUAUUAAACCAUAAACAGGUGGAAAUGCUGCUACCAAGGCCUGCCCUUCUAUUAUUACUGGCUGCUACCUUUGUCUUACUGAGAAGCACUCAAGCUAAGCCUCGACAUAAUCGAAACAGUGACAACUUCGUGGACAACGAAGGAGAAUCUUUCCUGAACGUUGACUUAGAAGAAGGAGACGAAGACACUUCUGCCACCAAAGCACUUUCUCCCGAAACUGAUCCCUGUGACACUACGGUCUGCGGAAGAGGUAGACAGUGUGAAGUGAAUCAACUGGGCGAAGCAGUCUGUGUCUGUCAGAGGUUUUGCAAGAAAAGAAAGAAGCCAAUUUGCGGUUCCGAUGGAAAAUAUUACAUUAAUCACUGCGAACUUCAUAGGGCUUCAUGCCUUACUGGAAAAACCCUUACAAUUGACCAUAAAGGAGACUGUUCUAAGAAAGCCGAGAUCUUGAACGAUGCCGACCACGAAAAGAAGACCGAAGCACCCACCUCCUGGACCAAUCUACCGCAGCCGGAGAUGCAGCUCUCGACGACGACUGAAACGGUCAGCGAUCGAGACUGCCCCCAAGACGAAUACGAUUUUAUGAAGGAGAAUCUCUUACUUUACAAUAAUGCUAAACUCAUGGAUAAUAAAAAAUCUGGUAAUGAGUACCUGGUGAGCAUUAUGUUUUCCCAUUACGACCAGAAUAACGAUGGACUUUUGGAGGCCGAAGAACUCUGGCAGGCAGCCGCCAAAGACCACCUCGGCCAGCUGUCGACGUUCUGCAUCCUGGCGGACAUGCUGCUGUUCGACGACACGGAUCACGAUGGACAAUUAAACAUCAACGAGUUCUAUCUUGCUUUUAGUAAGUUAUACAGUGUCUCUGUGGUAUCAUUAGAUAAGGGUCUAGAAAUCAAUCAUGUUACUGCACGGAUAGGAGAUAAUGUCGAAAUCAAAUGUGACGUGACUGGAACUCCUCCGCCGCCCAUUGUCUGGAGAAGAAAUGAUUUGGACCUUUCGGUCCUCACAGAAGAAGAGAUUAAAGUUUUUAUUGAUGGUUCUCUUUAUUUGACCAAUGUACAACUGAUACAUGCUGGAAAAUACACAUGCCACGCACAGCGUAAUCAGGAUGUCAUCCAAACUCAUGUAUUACAUGUAGAGAGUGUUCCGGAAGUUCAUGUUGUUCCCAAGUUACAAUAUCACGCUCCGGGAGAAUUAGCGGAAAUGGAAUGUCACGUGAGUGGAAUUCCAAUGCCCAAAGUAACAUGGCUGAAGAACGAUGAAGAAUUAAAAAUGAAUAACGAAAAAUACAAAAUAAUAGGUAACAGCACGGCUCUUGUAGUAGGAAAAAUCAUGUAUAGCGAUACAGGUGCAUACAUGUGUGUGGCAACUAAUCCUGCAGGAACAACACGUGACAUAAGUUCAUUAGUUGUACAAGACCAGCCUACUCCAACACUGUCUGAAGAACGCAGAUUCUUUGUCUUUCAUGACUGGGGAAUGUCUGUGUACAAUCCCGAUAACUGUCGACUGUAUCAUCAGAUUCAGAGCACAGACAUAAUCCCUGGUACACAAGAAUACGUAUGUGGAGACAGAGGCAUUAACUGUUCUUGGGGUAGAGCCAUUAACGUUGCUGACCGUUACAUCUAUGUUUCGCAACCUUCAAAAGACAGAAUAUUAAUAAUAUCACGCAUCCAAAUGGUUGUGGUUGAUGUUGUUGUGACGGAUAAAUACCCAAUUGAUUUGCACUAUGUACCACAUUUUGAUCAAGUUUGGGUUUUAUGUUGGAGAGGACCACAGGACCGAGGCACCAAAACCAUUCAGAUCAUUAGAGAUGCCAGUCAGAAAAAAAAGCAUCAUACUGUUCAUCCAGAGCCAGUCGACGGUCACUUUGAUCUGGUUAGUGGACUUUUCAUUCCUUCUACUCAAGACUUCAAACACAGUUGGAAGUACGGUUAUGUGGUCCAUACUAAUCAGAGGGGAAUGUAUAAGCUAGAUCUACAGUCAAUGAAAUAUAGUAAAACUGUAGAUUUGACACCAUACAACUGUGUGCCUAAAAAUGCAGACUUCUCCUCUCUAGGUGGUUUUGUGAUUUUGGAAUGUGCUGAACCCAUCACGGAUAAACCAACUGGACAAAUUGUUCUAGAUUACUUAACAGAUACAGUUCUGGCUCACAAAGUAAAUCUGUUUGGUCGUCCGAGAGUGUCACCAGAUUCUCGUCGUGUCGUCACUCUUCACAACAGCAAUAACAGUGUCAUAAUUGUGACACAAGAAAUAACAGAAGAUGGUCCAAAGUUUCUGUUUGAUGUCAAGACCACACUACAUAUUAGCGACAUUACAUUUUUUCCUUCUCGCACGACACACAGUUACGAUCUCUAUGCCAGUUCAGCCACCAAAGAGGACAUUCUCUUCAUAGAUUUAGCAGACGGCAAAGUGGAAAUGAUAACGGGCAUCGGAAGAGCGAUGGAUCCGAGAGUGGCGCAGUGGGGAAACACAAACCGACCAAUCUCCGGUGCCGGUAUUUUCGGUACCUACAUGAUAACCACGGCAAACGAGGCCAUCUUCGUGGUCAACGGUAAAACACGGACUGUAAAUUGCGAGAUUGGAAGCAUCGUACAUCCAAGACUGAUGGUUUGGGUGAAAUCGCAAUGAAUGCAUAGUAUUUAUUUAAUCAUAUAUUUGAGUUAACUCACAAACUAGGGGAGCUUAAUUUGCACUGGUCAGUUUUGAAACUAGCUCCAUCACCUUGCAAAAAGAAAAUGAAAUAAGCAUACAAAAACCCACCUUUGCAUUUUUUGAAAAUUAUUUAGUUCCAUUGAAAAUAUAUCCAUGCAGAUUAAUCACCAAAAAAUGCAAAGGUACUUACUUAAAAAAAAUUUCUUCAUUGUGAAUUUUUUUUUUACUCUUGUAUCUAUCUAGUCUUGUUAUUGUACAGUGCAUGAUGGUAUGUACAGCUUACACCCAUAUAAUUAGCAUGUCUUCGAGUUUUGUCAUAUUUUCAAUGAGUACAACGAAUAUUGAUGGUUACCAUUUGCUUGCAAGGUUUAUCCUUACGACUCGAAAUUUUAUUUAUGAAUAAAUAUAUAUAUAAAUAGCACGAAGGAUAUUUUUUGUAAAUAUUUUGGUUUUAGAUGGGUUAUCGAAAAACAAAAAAGUAUUUUUACUUGUUGUAUGUAAUGGUAUUGUACGUAAGCAAGUGUUGUGUAAGAGACAGCUGGUUCUUCCACGGCAAAGAAACUGAACUGUCUAAAAUUUCAACUAUUUGUCCACCUUUAGCCAUCCAAUUAUGACUUUAUCAAUGUUUUUGAGAAGAAUUUAGUAAAUUGUUUUGAAGAUCAGAGUUAAAAAAAUGCCGUAAAUAGCAUUUGUUUCUUAUCGCUGUCGCAUUCGUCUGGUAAACGUAAUGGAUUAACUUCGGAACGUUCAUGUAAUAUAAAUACAUAAAUAUAUAUAAAUAUAUAUACAUAUAUAAAUUUGUGGUGUGAAUUGUGCUUAUUAGUGCACCGUCUUUUAGAGAAUUAUUUAAACUGCAAGAAUUGCACUGGAACUUAAAAUAACAGCAACAGCAGCCAAAUUGUGUAUAAUUUUCAACUUUGAAGAAACAAUGGCUCAAUUAUUUAUGAUUUGUACUGUUUUUUGCCGGUAAAAUACUCGUUUUUGUUUAUUUUUAUUGUUACGUCAAUGUUUUUAGUUUGAUGUUAAGCUACCGUUUUUAAAAUCACACUGUGUUAAAUUCCGAUUUUUAUACCGACGCUUUAUGUUCGACGACAAUGCAUGCCAAAGUAUGCAUGCAAGUUAUUUUGUGUAUAAAUGUAUUCAAACUGUAAUUUAUAUCUGUUGCUUCUUGCUGAAAAUCAUGUUUUAUAUCAAGAUUUUCAUGGGAAAAUAAAUGUGCUAAUUUGACCAGUCAA